UUGAGUAGACCCGUUACUCGAGCGCGCGCGCAACUUUCUCGCGUUACCGCUCAUAAACUCGGUAUAAUAUUGUUUAUUUAAAAAUAAAAAUAAAAUGGAAAACAAUAGUUUCCCGUACCAGAUUGAGGAUUUGCCGCAGGAGCAAGCCGAACAUCUCAUGAAAUAUUUAAAAGGCGAACUAACUGGGUUCGUGCGAGUGGGACCAAAAGGCUACUUCUUUCCUCACAAGUACAAAAACGAAGCAGCUGAUAUCUACAAUAUGCCACUAAGGCCCUCCGAUAUAUUCAUAUCCAGUUAUCCAAGAUCAGGCACAACGUGGACGCAAGAAUUAGUGUGGAUGGUAGCAAAUAAUUUAGAUUACGCUAAAUCGAAUGAAAUACCAUUAACGGAAAGAUAUCCCUUUUUAGAGUUUUGUAUGUGCGUCCAUCCCGUAAUGGCAGAACGCUUUAAAGCCGAAAACAGUGGCAGCGAAAGGAAGUUGAAGCUUCUCGAAUUAGUGACGCAACGAGGGACGGCUCAGUUAGCGACUACACCUUCGCCGAGGUUCGUCAAGACCCAUCUACCGAUGUCCCUCUUGCCUCCUACCUUGUUGGACACCUGUCGGAUAGUUUACGUAGCAAGAGACCCAAGGGACGUCAUCGUAUCAUUUUACCAUUUAAACAGGCUCAUGAGGACACAAGGAUACGUUGGAGAUUUAAAGACUUUUUUUAAUUUCUUUAUAAAAGAUUUACAUCAUUGGACACCCUAUUUUGAACAUCUAAAGGAAGCUUGGAAUCUACGACAUCACCCUCGAAUGUUAUUCUUGUUUUACGAGGAAUUAGCCAAGGAUUUACCAGCAGCAGUACGUCGCGUCGCCAAGUUUUUGAAUAAAAAUUACAGUGACGAAGAAGUUACUCGUUUAUGUGACCAUCUCAGCAUAGAAAAUUUCAAGAACAACAAAUCUGUCAACUAUGAUGUAAUGAAGGAACUAGGCAUUUCUGUCAGCGGAGAACAGUCUUUCAUCAGAAAGGGUAAAGCCGGGGGAUGGCGAGACCACUUCGAUGAAGAAAUGACUCUACAGGCCGAACAGUGGAUCGCCGAAAACUUACGCGAUACGGACCUGCGCUUCCCACACUUAGAAAAUGUUUAAAAAUGGGUCGCCAAUAAAAAGAAUUGAAAGAAUGUGAUAAUCAUUUAUUUGAAUAAAAUGCUAUAUUUUAGUAUUUCUUUGUAACACCAUGAUAUUUAAGUUUACAUAGACAAUAAGCUAAUAAGAAUUAAGUAAACAAUAAUUCGUUCCAAAAUGUUGUUUCAUUCUUUCAUAAUCGGUUAUAAUUAUUUCGAACACAUCGUAAAUAAAACAAUAUCUCAGUCCUUCCUCACAUUUUUUAUUAAAUAAUACGGUUAUACAAAGAAAAUAAAUUAGAAGCCAGAUUUUAAAUCAAUCAUUCGUUGGUAAUAUAAAAUUCUAAAACAGACUUAUAAUCAGAUUAAUGGAUAAUAACCACAUAGGGGCGGCGCGCCGGACGCCGGUACCGUCCCGCGUCCGGCGCGUCGCUCGCGUAACGAACCGGCAACGUACAAGUCUAUAAAAAGCGACUCUAUAAUAUAAAACUGGGAGGAGACUCCCGCACCUAACGACUCGCCGCCACGCGCGGCAUUACAACUAUCAUACACUUAUAGAAAAUCACAAAAUUCAAGCGGAAAUAAUCUAUUAUACUCUGUCGCAGCAUCGUUAAGCUAAACAGAAAUAUUUUUUUUAUAAAUAAAAUGGCUACAUAUACGAAAAAAUCAAGUUUCAUGUGAUUUUCAGUCAAUUAAUAAACAUUUUAUUUAUAUGGAUUUAGGUUUGUUUAGCGUGGCGGUACUGUGACAGGAUAUAACACGAAAUAAUAGGAAUCGUGUUAGCGCUGAGUCUACGCGAUGACAUCGGGCAGCAGCGCAUUGUCGGCGGCGGGCGGCGAGGGCGGCGGCUUGCUUAAUUCCGUGUCCGCGUCGACGCCAUUCCUGACGUUAAUCACUUCUUCUUUCUUCGCCGGGUCCACCUUCUUAGUUACCUUCACUGGUACGCUCUUUGUGCCUGGGGCCGUCUGUUACGAUAAAACGUGAACUAUAAUAAUAGUCUCAAAUAUGGAAUUAACAGUAGAACAUAAAGGGGUCAUCCAUAAAUUACG